AUGCACAGCAACUAUCACGCUCCUGUCAAAUCAACGAGCCACGAUGGGAUAUUAUGUGCUCAACAGAUAAACGAAGCCGUAGUUAACACAACAAUCUCACAGCUAAAGGCAAAGAUGGAAGAAAGCAAAGAUGGAUCACUACUCCCCAUUAUAGAUGCAUUGAAGGACUGCUGGCUUCUCGAGUUGGCAAAGCAGGACAGAGUGAGCAUAUCCCAGGGGAUACUAAAGGAGCGGAUAGCACGCCAUGCACAGGUUCUGCGAAAAGAGGCAGGAACAAGAUCAACAGAGAUGCUCGUGCCUAACGAACCAGACCGAGACCAGGAUUGUCCACUGGCUGACACAAAACAGACAAGAAAACGUGGUCGGUUCAGAAGUCUCGAUGGAGGUGCACCAAAGACCUAUAAGCUGGAACAUGAAUCCGAUUCUAGUGCACUUCAGCAGUUCAAAAGUCAGUUGCUGUUAAAAGACCAAUGUCUUCCAGGGGACUGUCCACGGAAUGUUAUUUGUGGACAGUUGCAGAUUAAAGAAUUCAAGGAGCUAAACUCGAUGCUUAGCUUGCCACCUGGUCGAAAUGGGCCCUAUUUUUUGAAAAAUGGCUUCGCUACGCUGAACGGUAAGACGGUGUACUUUCAUAAAUGCAUACUAACAAGGGCCGGACGCUCUUUUUCUCAUGAUGCUGCUGAAGAGCCAGAGCUCAAACGGGAGUAA